UGAGGUACCAGGGCGCUAUAACUCUUAGCCUUGGUCAUAGAUAGCUGGUUCUGUUGUCUAUUAGAAAUGUCCUUUAAAAGUAAUGCUCAUUUAUCAAUAGAGCCUCGGCGUAGCUCAAUCGAUUUUCUAUUUUUAGGUUAAAUUUAACGGGCAAAUCGUGUUGUCUCUCUCGCACAACCAAGAACAUUUUGGUCGCUGUUGUCUCAUUUCACUCUCCAUAUGCAUCUAAUAUUCUCCCUUAUAAAAUCUAAACCACUGUCUCUUUCAGUCAAACUGAGUUAAGGCUGUGAUGAAAAGAGACGACGCUAGUCAAGGCCUUGUAAUUAGACUAAUUCUGUUUUCAAUAAGAGAAAUUGGAUUGCGCACUGUGAUUUUCAAGUCAGCAAAGUCUCUUUUCGGAAUGUUAGUUAUUGUUAGUUUUCGUGCUACCUCUGACUCCGACGACUCCACCACACUGGACCCUGAGAGUGAGCUGUGGGGAUUCUACGACAAGGAGCCACGGAAUCGAGCCAAAUGCUCCAUGUGUGGUGUUAUCAUAAAUAGACAUCCAGAUACCCUCUACCAACAUUUAAAGGAGGAGCAUUCAAAAGUUUCAAAGACAUUAGAAUUCAACGAUCGAGAUGAGAAUUAUACAGAAAUAAUUUACUUGGAAAACCCUCCGAACGAAAAAACAGAGAGGCCGGUGAAGCGAAAGCGGAGAGAGAAAAGGGAUCACGACGACUUGGAAGAUUUCGGGAAAUAUGUUGUUGGUCUGUUGAAGGGAAUACCGGAAGAACAAUGCACGGAACUUCAGAUGUCAAUUGUCAAUUUGAUUAUGACGGCUAAGAAGAGCGUGAAGGACGAUGAUGUAUUGGAUAGGGAAGAAAGUAUUGAACAGGUUCAAGAGCCCACAAAAUCAGAAACGGAAGACCCUAUAACCCACGAACAGAAAGAAACAAAGGACACACGCGAAAAACCAAGGAAACGCUACCACGAAAUCGGUUCAACGGAUAACGAUGACCAUAUAGCGAAUUUCGGCAAAUACCUCACCAGUCUGAUGAAAUUGUUAAACAAGGAAACCAGCGCUGAAGUCCAGUUGAAUAUUGUCAAUCUUAUAAUCGGUACCAAGUUGCAAUGUCUGCGAAAAACUAAAAAUAAAUUUAUGGAAAUACAAACAAAAUUAUUGCUUGCUGAAUCGUAAUAAAUAUAUUGUUUAAUUUACAACAAGACUCUUUAAUCACACAAGGUAAAAUGAAGACAAUAAUAAUCGUUUAAUUCAGAUACUUUAACGUUUAUACAGGUUUCUAUUUCAAUCUUCUUUUAGUGUAUCUGUGUGACCUUUUAGGCCUCCUCCAAAUCCCAACAUUCGUCACUGUGCCACUCUGUGCCAUGUACCACCAUUUGUUACUUUAAUUUGUUCUAUCCACCAUCUAAGUUGUCUUCCCCAUUCGUUUGCUGUACCUUGAGCACCA